AUGAGGCUAAGGGGAGGUCGUAGCCUAAAGGUUCUCAGGAUUAAGAAGGUUCUCCCUGAUGUUAUUGAUCCAGUCCAGUCUGCAAUUGUUCAAGGGAGGAGGAUUUCGGAUAAUAUCUUCCUUUCCCAAGAAUUGAUGAGAGGUUAUCAUAGAGGUUCUGGGUCUCCUAGGUGUGCAAUGAAGGUUGAUAUCAUGAAAGCUUAUGAUAAUGUGAGAUGGGAUUUCAUAUUUGAUACUCUUGCUGGUAUGGGCUUCCCUAGUAGGAUGAUUGGUUGGAUUAGGGCUUGCAUUACUAGUCUUUCUUUCUCAAUCUGUAUUAAUGGGGAGCUUUGUGGCUAUUUUCGGGGUGCUAGAGGGCUUAGACAAGGGGACCCUAUUUCCCCUUACCUGUUUGUUAUUGUUAUGGAGGUUUUAGCUAGAGAGUUGGCUAAGAAAGCUGAGAGUCCUAAUUUUAAGUUCCACUGGAGAGGGGACAUUAAUUCUGUGUCUCUUAUCAAGGAGGCUCUUGAUGAAUUCCAAGGGCUCUCUGGUUUAUCCCCCAGCCCUCUCAAGAGUCAUAUGUUUUUUGCGGGUAUGGAUUGUCACUUGAGGGGUGAGUUACUCUCCAUUAUGGAUUUUAAAGAGGGGAAUCUCCUUGUUUAUUGGGCUUCGUUAUUCAUUCUCCCUAAGAAAGUGGUAACAGAGAUUGAAUCUUGUCUGAGGGCUUUCUUUUGGAAUGGUCCUGAUUUGAAAAAGUCUGGAGCAAAAGUUGCUUGGGUGCACCUUUGUGUUCCUCGGAAUGAGGGUGGUCUAGGGUUUAAAUCUAUUGAGGUGUGGAAUAAAGCUGUUAUUGCCAAGCAUGUUUGGUUUUUGUUUUCGGGGGGUGAGCAAUCCAUGUGGUGUCAAUGGGUUAAGUCUUACUUGUUAAAGGGUAGAAGUUUUUGGUGCCUCAAAGUUCCUAGUGACCCUUCCUGGGUCUGGAGAAAGCUUCUUGAUUUGAGGAGUAUUAUUGCUCCCCUGAUUAAAUAUAAUGUUGGUAAUGGGAAGGCUACCUUUUUGUGGUUUGACAACUGGCUCCCUCUUGGGCCUCUUUUUAAUAGAUUUGGAGACAGAGUUAUUUCUAACUCUGGGAUCCAGAAGUUUGCUAAAGUGGAGGCUGUUAUUUAUGGCUCUAGGUGGAAAUGGCCUGUGUGUCGUACUUGGGAGUUGAACGAGAUUAAGGCUGCUGUCCCGGCAGAUAUGAAACCUUCAUUAGUGAAUGAUAAGGUGGUGUGGUUGCCAUCUUCUGAUGGGCAUUUCUCCAUUAAAUCUUCUUGGGACGAGUGGAGGACCCAUGGUUCUAGAGUUGUUUGGGCUAAGAUCCUAUGGUUCAAGUUUCAUAUUCCUAGUACUGUGGUUUGGGUUGCUAUACAUAAUAGACUGAACACUCUUGAUAGGCUUGUUGUCUUUGGUACUAGCAACUCUUCUAUUUGUUGUCUCUGUGGGGUUGGGCUUGAGAACCAUAAUCACUUGUUUUUUAAAUGCCCAUUCUCUUACAAAGUUUGGAAUGGUAUGCAGGCUACUGUGGAUGCUGGCAGAUCUACGGGUUUUCUAGAUGCUAGUAGCAUGCAAUUUGUUACGAGGAGGAAGGUUAAAACCUCAUUGUCAGAAUCUCACCAGCCGAAAUUUCUAGGAUCUGUGAUAGACCCACUUUUAGUAGUAACGGACCCACUUCCAGUAGUGACGGACCAACCUCCAACAGUAACGGACCAGCCUCCAGUAGUUAUAGUAAACAUGCUUUUGACCCUUCAACAAAGCAUGGAUGUUAUUACCAACAAGUUUGUCACCAACAGGGAGGCUUUCGCCGAAUUGCAUUGCCCAUUUGAGGUGUCCACAUCUCAUCCACCUCUAAUGGUUCAUUUGGAUUUGGAACCACCUCCACCAAUUGAGGAGCUUCAUGAACCUAAUCUACAAUAA